UACUACUACUACUUCUACUACUACUACUACUACUACUACUACUACUACUACUACUACUACAACUACUAUUACUACUACUACUACUACUACUACUACUACACCACCACCACCACCACCACCACCACCACCACCACCAUUCACAGUGACAAAAAACGUAUUCACACAAUGGCUGCUACUACAACUUAUAGCCCAUAUAGGGGGGCAUGCAUGUUUUACAAACAGCCCUUGUUUCUAUGGGAUUUUAACCACAACUGUUCAUGUUCAUCUCCGACACAUAUUUUUAGGUCACCUGUCAUGAAGUGACACGGUGAGCUUAUGUGAUCGUGUGAUGUCCGGCGUCCGUUGUGCGUGCCUGCGUGUGUCCGUGCGUCCGUCUGUCAACAAUUUGUUUGUGUAGACAGUAGAGGUCACAGUUUGCAUCCAAUCUUGAUGAAAUUUGGUCAAAAUGUUUAUCUUGAUGAAAUCCGGUUUGGGAUUGUAUUUGGGUCAUCUGGGGUCAAAAACAAGGUCACUAGGUCAAAUAAUAGAACAACCUUCUGUUGACAAUAGAGGUCACAGUUUUCAUCCAAUCUUUAUGAAAUUUGGUCAGAAUGUUUAUCUUGAUGAAAUCUGGGUUGGGAUUUUAUUUGGGUCAUCUGGGGUCAAAAACUAGGUCACUAGGUCAAAUAAUAGAAAAACCUUGUGUAGACAUUAGAGAUCACAGUUUUCAUCCAACCUUUAUGAAAUUUGGUCAGAAUUCUUGAUGAAAUCUGGGUGGGAUUGUAUUUGGGUCAUCUGGGGUAAAAAUCUAGGUCAAAUAAAUAGAAAAACCUUGUGUUGACAAUAGAGGUCACAGUUUUCAUACAAUAUUUAUGAACUGUGGUCAGAAUGUUUAUCUUGAUGAAAUCUGGAUUGGGAUUGUAUUUGGGUCAUCUAGAGUCAGGAACUAGGUCACUAGGUCAAAUCAUAGAAAAACAUUGUGUAGACAAUAGAGGUCAUAGUUUUCAUCUGAUCUUAAUGAGUCAGGUGAACGAUUCAGGGCCAUCGUGGCCCUCUUGUUUGCAUGAUGUCAUAAAAAAAAUGUUGUAUAAGGAAACAAUUUUUAUGUAGAAUUUUAUUUGCAUUUAGUUUUUAAAAGUGUUCAUAUUACAAGUUAAAAAUGCAGUUAAAAAUAGUAUAUGCUAACAUACAAAAUUGUAUAGAGAUCCGAAUAUAUUAACGGUUUCAGAUCCUUAAUGAGCAUACAGAAGCUAAGCAGCAGAUGGUGCCAUCACAAGAGGAACAAAAUAAUUCAGAGCCAUCUGAGCUGGAAGUAGGACGGCCCCAGAUUGCCUCUGAAUCAGUCCAGACUAUGAUUGAGUGCACUGAACCAGCUAUUCAACUAGAACUGCAAGAUGAAGAGGUGGACCUUAACAACAACAGCGGAAGCUUUGAUGAGGAUACGCCUGUCGAACAACAGCAGAUAACAGCCCCGCCAAAGAAGCAGACGUCGGCAAAGGGUUGCCAAACAAAUAUCAAAAUAAGUGAAAGGCAUGCAUCAAAAGGUAAAGAAAUAUCAGAAAAUAGAAAUAUGAAGUUGAUAAGCAUACAUUUGAGAAUAUAUUAA